UCUUAUCAGACAAUGACCUGGAAUAUAGAUUUUAAUACUUCUGUCACAUACAUAGAAUAGAAGAAACUAAAUUAUAUUGAAAAACCAUCCCCCCCAACACACACACACACGAGAGCAAAACCGUCCCCCCUCUCUCUAUUUUUGAGUUGAAACAAAGUCAUAAUUUGCAGAAAUAGAGAAACCCCUCUUCAAAGUUCACAGCUUUUCACUUCCAAAAUUCAAGAAAACCAAAAUAAAGCAUUUUUAGAGCAGUUACAUUUUCAUAAUUUGUUACUACAAGUUUCAGAUUCUUGUUUGUUUUGCAAGUGUUUCACUUUGUUUCCCAAGAUUCUCUCAGAUCCCUUGGAUUUAAUGGACUUGUGACCUUUUUAUGGUUGUUUAGAAUUGUGGUUGCUAAUUUUGAAACAUUAUAGAGCAUGAUGGAUGUUGUCAAUAACGUAGCUGUUUCUGGAAACGGGUUGGGCUUUGGAAAUGGAGUUCACCAACUUCCUGAAGUUGUUGCUGGCAUACCAAACGGGAUGCCUCAUGCAAGUUCCAGUACUGAAGAACUAGAGAGGAGUUUCCAGAGUACAGCCGUAUUGAAUGAUAGUGAAACAGUUGACUCUUCUGUCCAAGAGGUCAGUCGUGAAGCUAUGACAACUGCAGAAAGCAAUGCUGGUGUCAGUUCCGAGGAACAUGAAGCUAAAGAAUCUGAUGAGGCGAAGAACAGUAAAGAGCGAAAGGCUCCAGGAAGGGCAAGGAACACUAAGAAUUCAAGCCCUAAAAAUGGCGCAGCCAAGAAAAGUAAAGAUGGAAAAGAUGCAUCAAAUGGUACCCUUGCUUCCAAAUCGCGUCCGAAACAGCCAUCUUCCACUGAUGCAAAGAGUAAAUCAUUCAGUGACAAGAAAACUACUGAGUACUAUUCAAAACCUACAUUGGCUCAUCUAAAUGUUAAUCGUGCUAAGCAACCAGGCCAUGCUGAAGUAGCAUCAGCUUCUCCAAGUGCUGCCCACUCUGAGGGCCUUAAGGAAACAACAAAACUGAAGCCUUUGAAGAAAGUGCCCCCUAAUAAAGCUGAUGGAAGUGCGGAAUUAUCUUCUAGUCCUACUGGUGCAUCAGAUGCCAAAACUCGCAAAGUAGGUAGUCUUCCAACCUACGAUAUCAAUUUCAAGUGUGAUGAAAGAGCUGAGAAAAGGAAAGAGUUUUACUCCAAGCUUGAAGAAAAAAUCCAUGCAAAGGAAGUUGAGAAGAGUAAUCUGCAAGCCAAGACUAAGGAAACUCAGGAAGCUGAGAUCAAAAUGCUAAGGAAGAGCUUAAAAUUUAAAGCAACUCCUAUGCCAAGCUUUUAUCAGGAACCUGCUCCUCCAAAGGUGGAGUUGAAGAAGAUUCCACCAACAAGAGCUAAAUCCCCCAAACUUGGGAGGAGAAAGAGCUCUCCCACUAAAGAAGGAAAUAAUGAGAGUGUCAUGCGCCCAAGUAGGUUAAGCUUGGACGAAAAUGCAUCUCAAAAUGAUCCCGUCAAAGGGCAUUCUCCUCUCAAUUUUAAGAAGCCUCAAAGGAAGUCACUUCCAAAGCUGCCAUCCGAGAAAACCAACUUAUCCAAUGAAACAAGAAAGCCUUCUAUUCGCAAAUCUAGCUUAUCCAAGAAAUCAACUGAAGCUGCAUCUCUGCCGAAUGCUUUACCCAAAGAGAUGAGUGAAGUUGCUUCUCAACCAAACAACCAACUCGAGCAAACUACUGAACGCGAAGCAGAUGUUCAAGAGUGUGAGGUUGUAUCAACUGUUGAAUCAAGCCAGCCAGAGACUGUAGUUGAAGCUCAAAUAGAGACUGAUCUGGUGGAGGAACACGUUACAGUCGAGCACUAAAAGCAACAAGUUGAAUAUAUAUUGUGAUGGAGCAAUCUUCAUUCCCUCUUUGCUUAAAGUAUUGCAAAAGGUAUGAAUAAGAUUUGGUUUAUCUGAGAAAUGAAUGCACUGAAUAUUUUACUAGGCAACGUCGCCAUUUUGUCUAUAGUCAGCAGCAAGGUCGAGUUUCUAGUGUUCUGUCUUCUUUCAAGAUUGUGGUCAUUAGAAUUGCAGGUUGCUUGCAGCAUUAUAAGGUUACAGUUUGAGCAAUUCCUUUAAGCUAAUUAUCGUCAGAUAAGCUUUUCUGUUACCUAAUGUUGAGUAAGCCAGAAAUCCUUAAGAAUUUUGUCUGUUCGUAGUCGAAUAUCCAAGUACUUUUCAGUUAUAUAAACCUUGGCACAGUUUGGUCAUGUACUGGCUGUUGUAACUGCUCUCUUGAACCAAAUGGUUGUUGUUUAUUGAGGUGUAUUUGUAAAUUACAUAUACCUUACAUGAUGUUUUAGCUUUGUUUAGGUAUUAUGAAAUUUUUACUACA